AUGAGGGUUAAUGAGACAGAGCUGCCCAACAUCAUGCACCAUGUUGUAGAGAACAUGAUCAUCACAGACCAGGUCCGACCUGAGGACAGGGGUGACAUCAUGAGGGCUUUAUUGCUCAAACACAGCCAUCUGUACCAGAAGAAACGUCACAAGGUCAUCCCGUACAACUUCUCGUCAGGAAGCCUGCUGGGUUUCCUCGGGCACCGCGAGGACAGCAUGGCGUCCACCAGUCAGUACGGUGGUAGUCCGUCCGCGACGAGUCUGGACACCAUGGAGGCAGGGUUAAAGGUCGGUAAACAGUUCACAGUUCCAGUACCAACAACUCCUACUCUGCACAAGUCCCCGACAGCUAAAUCCACCCUCAGCACCAAGAGUACACAGAUGGACAUCAAGUCUAAGGUCCCUAUCCUGAAGAAGAUCCCUGAAGACGCGGAGGCCACCACCGUACUGGUGGGAGCAGUGGACUUCCUAGAUAAACCAACCAUGGCGUUCGUUAGGCUGGCAAGGGGAGUAGAGAUCGGCACCCUGACUGCAGUCCCCCUCCCUGUCCGCUUCCUGUUCGUGUUGCUGGGACCCACCAGUGGAGCUACAGACUACAACGACAUUGGUCGCUCCAUAUCUACACUCAUGGCUAAUGAGGUCUUCCAUGAAGUGGCGUACAGAGCGGACGACCGAAGCGACCUCCUGAGGGGCAUUAACGAGUUCCUGGGGGACAGUAUCGUGCUGCCCCCUGGCGACUUCGACAGGCGACUGCUGGAGCCAAUCGCUAGGCUGCAGAGGAAACGACUGCGGAGGAGGAGACAGAAACUACAAGAUGAGGAAGGAGUUCUCAAGAAGAGUGUGUCCAAUGAGCCUGAAGACGACCCUCUGAGGAGGACGGGAGAGUGUUUCGGGGGUCUGAAGAGGGACAUUCAGAGGAGGUUCCCCUACUACGUCAGCGACUUCGUGGACGGCCUGAACUUCCAGUGCCUCAUGGCUUUCUUCUCCAUCUUCUUCACCUGUGUGACACCCGUCAUCACCUUUGGUGGUUUACUGAGCGACAAGACCCAUAACCACAUCGGAGUGUCGGAGAUGAUCAUCGCUACGGCCAUCAGUGGUGGUCUGUUCUCCCUGCUGGCAGGGCAGCCCAUCAUCAUCAUCGCAGCUACCGGACCCUUCCUGGUGUACGACCAGAGUUUAUACGAGUUUUGUGAAAGCAACGGUAUAGAGUUCAUGACGUGGCGACUGUGGAUCGGCCUGUGGAUACUGGUCAUCUGUAUCAUCACUGUCGCUUUCGAGGGGGGCGUCUUCGUCCGCUACGUCACCAGAUUCACGGAGGAAGUCUUCGCCUUCCUGAUCUCGUUCAUCUUCAUCUACGAAGUCUUCAAGUUUCUGUCUAAGGUGUAUCCCAACCUGUACGCAGAUCCGGACGGAUACGAGGCGAAGGAGACCAUCACCGCGCUUAUGUCAACCAUACUCUGCUUCGGGACGUUCUUCAUCGCAUACUUCCUUAGAAAGUUUAAGAAUAGCAAGUUCCUUAGUCGUAGGGCCAGGAGAGGUUUGGGAGACUUUGGGCUCCUGAUUUCCAUCGUGGUGAUGGUCUGCAUCGACUUCUUUUUCCAGGACGAUUAUACAGAGAAACUGGAGGUUCCUAACGGCUUCACACCCACGAACACUACGCUGAGAGGCUGGAUCAUUAAUCCCAUGGGGAAGGACAAGACAAUCCAGGUCUGGGCCAUCUUUGCUGCCGUCAUCCCUGCAUUCCUCGUGUACAUCCUCCUCUUCAUAGAGAUACAGAUCACAGAGAUGAUCAUCAACAAGAAAGAAAACAACCUUAAGAAGGGAUCUGGUUACCACCUGGACCUGUUGUUGAUCUGUGGUACCGUGGCUAUCAGUGGGUUCUUCGGACUCCCGUGGAUGUGCGCGGCGACUGUUAGGUCCGUGUCGCACUUCGAGAGCUUGACGGUGUACAGUGAGACUCACGCGCCCGGUGAGAAACCCAAACUGCUGUCAGUGAAAGAACAGAGACUUACCAACCUUCUGGUGCAUAUCAUGAUGGCUACAAACCCAGACUACAACCUCUUGACAGCCAUCCGCCGGAGAAGACUCCGGUACCUGGGCCACAUUCUCCGCAUGGACCCGUCCAGACUGCUCAGGCAAACCCUGAAGGCAUAUUUGAGCGGAGGCGAAAACCCGCCUGAAGGAAUAACAGUGACUCUCCAGCCUGUCCUGCGUAGAAUCCCGCUGGCCGUGCUGUUCGGAGUGUUCCUGUACCUGGGGAUCACGUCCCUCGCUGCUACACAGAUCUUUGAGAGGAUCGGCCUCAUGUUCAUGCCUCCUAAACACUACCCCAGCAGUGUGCGCUAUAUCAGAAAGGUGAAAACGAGGAAGAUCCACAUCUUCACAGUGAUCCAGCUGGUGUUUAUCACUCUCCUGUGGAUUGUGAAGUCGACCCAGGCCGCCCUGGCCUUCCCCUUCCUGCUGAUCCUGCUCAUUCCCUUCAGGAACCAUGUCAUGAAUAAGUUCUACACUGAGACAGAGAUGGAGGCACUGGAUGCUGAGAGUGAUGGAGAGGAUGAUGAUGAAGACGUGGAUGCAUAUGACACUGCACGUCUGCCAUUCUAA